CCAUGGAUUGCUGGGAAGUCACUGGUACAAAACCCAAGUUUGUGACUCCAUCGAAAAGAGCCAAAGAGAUGGUUGUGGAGGAGGUGGAGGAAGACAAUCAGAGACCUCGGAAGAAAGCUCGUAAAGAGGCUCCUAAAGAGGCUCCUAAAGAGGCUAGAGAAGAGGCUCCUACAGAGGCUACAGAAGAGGCUACAGAAGAGGCUAGAGAAGAGGCUAGUUGGGUGACCAGAGAGGAGUUAGAAAACAUGUUCAAGGACUUAGGUGACAUGAUG